UAUGUGGGUCCUUGGAUGCCUGGCAUCACUCUAGUCCCGCCAGUGGCCCCGAAGCAUCUUGUCUCCCCCUACCAUGGCUACGGACAGCGAGGCUCCCAAAGGGUUGCCUGAUGAAGAACUCGACGACCUCCUCAAGGAAUUCGACGAGGUCAUCCAAGACUUCGACAACGGCAGCGCCUGCCAAUACGAGGACCACCUGGAGGAGCUGAAGCGGCAGAACGCCUGCAGCGUCUACGACAGUGGCAUCGAUGAGCUGGAGAGUGCCAGCACCUCUCCGGGAAGCAGUUUAAACAGCAGCGAGGAAGACAUCCACUCCCCGGUCACUCCUUCCCACUCCAAAGCUAAACUGGGAGAUACAAGAGAUCUGGAGAAUUACAUUGCUGACCUGGAUAAAGUGCUGGCUGACAUGUGAGAGGCGACGUUUAGUCUCCAGAGAAGGAAUUUUCUGGACAAUUGCUUCAGCUGGACCUGCCUGCCUGUCUCAUCACUUUCUUUGUAUUCUUCCCUGGAAGGACCAAGCCAAGAGCCUACAAUCCACAUUGAAACUAUAUCCUGGAGAGGUCCUGUGGGGCCUCAGACCCCAGUUCACAAAUCUCUUUGCAGCCAAUCAAAUGCAGCUUUCCAAAAAAAUACUAAGUCAGGGGUGGGCAGGGGGUGAGGGAAAGGGGGGACUAACAAAAUAUAGUUGUUACUUUUCGACUUGAAGGGGGCACCAUAGGGGUUUCGUUUGGAAAGCAAAAUUUUCCAUUGGCAGCUCUCCUGCUUUAUUGGAUCGCAAAAACAGAGUGUUGCUCUCUAAUAGUAUCUGAGUGACGAGUGUGCUGAAACUGUCCUCGCCUUUCCUUCCUGCCCUCCCCUUUUCUACCCCCCAGAGUCCUUCGGAAGGUGCCAAAGUGUCGUAAACCAAAUAACUCUAAGGCUGAAUAAGCGGCUUUCCCUGUGGCUCAUUGAAAUACCACUUGGCCAUCAGGAUCCCAACCUGUAAUCCCAUAAUUUCUUAAUGAAUUGCUUAAAGAAUGGAGAAGCAGCGUGGUCUGGUGGAUAGAGGACGGGCCUGGGUGUCGGAAGGACCAGGGUUCUAAUCCUGGC